AUGCCGGACAUUGCUACCCUUCAGGCGCUUUACUCAACCGAUCCAAAUGCUCUUUUCACUACCAUUAAUGCCAUUUACGAUCGCAUUGAAUGUGAAGGCUUGAAUCCUGUGUGGAUUGCACUUAUUUCUCGUGAAAAUACUCUAGCUCGAAUAGAGCAAUUGACGCUUAUAGCAGAAGAAGAUCGAAGAAAACUGCCACUUUUUGGUAUUCCAUUUGCUGUAAAAGACAAUAUUGAUGUAGUUGGUUUAGCGACCACAGAUGCAUGUCCAACGUUUGCUUGCGGAUCGGCAACUGAAAGUGCACAUGUCGUUGUGAAACUCGAGCAAGCAGGUGCUAUUCUCAUCGGCAAAACAAAUAUGGAUCAAUUUGCAACAGGCCUCGUAGGUACACGUACACCCUGUGGUGCCUGUGCAAGCGUCUUUAAUUCGAAUUACAUCUCUGGUGGCUCAAGUUCCGGUUCAGCAGUAGCAGUAGCAAGUGGUUUGGUUACAUUUGCUUUGGGAACGGACACAGCCGGAUCGGGACGCGUCCCGGCAAUGUUCAAUAAUGUGAUUGGACUCAAGCCCACACAUGGAUUACUGAGCACGCGUGGUGUAGUACCUGCCUGUCGCACUCUUGACUGUGUUUCUAUCUUUACGGAAACAGCCUUAGAUGCUUCAAUUGUUCUGGCAGUUGUACGUGGUUUUGACGAGCUGGAUCCCUAUUCUCGUGUACCAUCGCCUUCGUCUGGUUCAGCACCAUGGAGUAUCGCACCAAUCUUUCGGUUCGGUGUACCAACACUUAGCACAUGCGAAUUUUUUGGUGACAUUUAUAAUCCUAUACUUUUUCAAAAAGCAAUCGAUGUCAUUAAGCAUGAUCUCGGCGGUGAACCAGUGGAUAUUGAUCUUACACCUUUCUUAGCUGUGGGCAGUCUAGUCUAUAAAGGCCCAUGGGUAUCUGAGCGAUACGCUGCUGUUGGCCAGUUCAUCGAGCAACAUGUAAAAGACAUAGAUCCAACAGUACAUACCAUUAUUACUAAAGCAAAAUAUUAUACUGCAGUUGAUGCAUUUAAUGCCGCCUACGAACUCGAGGGAUUAAAGAAAAAAAUUCAUACGUUAUGGGAAAAGUUCGAUAUUCUUCUCGUUCCAACCGCACCGCGAACUUAUACCAUUGAUGAGAUAGCUGAGGCACCGAUCGAGCGUAACAGUCAUUUAGGAUACUACACGAGCUUUGUAAAUCUGCUCGAUUUCGCGGCCAUUGCUAUACCCGCCGGUAUGCGUUCCGACGGUCUGCCUUUUGGUAUUACUUUGAUUGGACCAGCGUUCACUGAUACUGCUCUUCUGUUGCUUGGAGAUCGUAUACAUCGCGCGCUUGCCACUAAUCUUGGUGGAUCUACGCGUCCUUUGGCAAACACACCAAAGUUAUUACCAACUGAAGGUUAUGGUGCGUCCUCGAACUGUUUCUUUAUCGCAGUUGUCGGUACACAUCUGUCUGGUCAACCACUCAAUUAUCAACUUACAGAACGUAAAGCUCGACUCGUGCGCACCUGCCGUACUCACCCAGACUAUCGUCUUUACGUGCUCAAGGAUUGUGUUCCACUCAAGCCUGGCGUGGUGCGCGUGUUAGAUUCCAAAGGACCCGGUAUUGAACUUGAAAUUUGGGCUCUUCCCAUCGAUGGUGUAGCUAGCUUUAUUGAUAUGAUUCCACCACCACUUUCUAUAGGCAAUAUUUUUCUUGAAGAUGGGCGUGUUGUCAAGGGAUUUCUGGUAGAACCAUCAGCUUUGGAUGGUGCGCAGGAUAUCACACAUACUGGUGGAUGGCGAGCCUAUCUCAAUAGCAUAAACUCAAGUGCAUAG